CGGAGAACAAAGAGGCCGUGGUCGCCCAGAGGCGCUCCGCUCCUCCGCGCGCACCUCGCGGCCGGAGAACGCUCUCCGGUCCCCGCCGCCCGGGCGGGGCGCCAGAGCUAAGAGCCGGAGGAUUCUCCAAUCCCGCCGGGCCCUGCAGCACCCCGGGCUCCGUCGGGCAGCACCAGGCAUCCGCGUGCUAAACGAGCGUCCGGGCUGACUCGGGCCCUGGAAGUUUGAAAACCACCGGCCCACGCCUGACAGCGCCUCGACCUCACGGCGCCAACGCGCCCAGCACCGCGGCGGCCGCUUGGCCACGCCCACCGCGCCGGGUCCUUUCCCUUAGUCCCGCCCCACCGCUCAGCGCGAAUUGGUGGCGAGGAGCAACGGUGGCGCUGAUUGGUUGGCGGAGGAGUCGCUCGUGGAGACCGUGAUUCGAGGCGCUCCAGGGUGCUAAAUUUAUCUUCUGAAGAGCGACCACGCCAACCGCGAGCCGGAUCUCUGUGGAGGUGGCCUAGGCGCUGUCCCCGAACUGAGAGCAUCACCCUGCCCCCGAGUCCUUCUCCCCGGUUUUAUUUUUCAUUUCCCCCCUCUCGCCUCCUCCCCCCCAGUCCGCGACGGCUGGCUCUUGACCCUGUCCAGGCCUCGGUGAAGGUGAGGACCCGCGCGGCCGCGGCGGCUGGUGGUGCGCUCUGAAAUGGCCGCCGCCUGGAGCUGUCUGUCCAAAAUGGCGGCCGCGGGCUCGCUGGGACGGCGGCGCUGCCCUGCAGCCUGGCCGCACUAGACCAUGCUCUCCAUCUCCGACGGAGGCGAAGUAGAAAGCUAGUGUGGGGUGCUCAGACGCGUACAUGUGGUGGUUAGCCGAGGCGGCCGUCCGGGGACGCGAGAGGAGAUUUGUGUCGGCGAGGGUGGGCCCCGACCGGAAGCGAGCCCAAGUGUGGCGGUCGGCGAGCAUCGCACGCCAGAGACGGGGAAGAGCCGAGGGUUGGCCGUCCCCGGCCACACAUCGAGGUGACCGUUGCUGAAAGCAUUUCGGUGCUGGAAGGGGUGUCCGUCCCCAGCGCCUGCCUAGGCUUUCUGAGUGUGCUGCACGCCUGGCGAGCCCUCUCGUCCCUGAGGGUAUUGUCCAAACCCAGAGGGUGGAGGUAAAGGGGUUGUGCUACCUUUCAGCUUAACCGGAAGAAACAAGAAAAGUGAGGGAGCCGCCCUUUUCAGGGGGUGGAAUAGAAACUUUGCUCUCUAGGGAGUCCAGACUUCGUCCUCGAGAGAUGGGGGGACGCACCUCUGAAGGGGGGCUGAGGUCCUCUUUCCUGAAGACGGGCGUCCCACCCCGCUGUGCCCUCUGGCAGCUGAAGAGAGGAAAGGGAUCCUAAUCUUUUAGAUCCACCAGCAGCUCCACGAAGCUCUCUGUUGCUCAAUCCAAAGAGAGACUAUGGGAAGGAAAUCUGCUCUUUUUGCUCCCAAAUAAUGGAGAAGUGGGGCUUUCUGCUGCUGCCAGUUUUGAGAUCCUCGACUUUCUGACAGUUGUAACCCAUUACUCCCUGCGCCAUCCAACUUCUGGCUAUUGGUUACUCCCCUUCCAUCCCACCCCUUAAUUUUAUUCUUUUGAAGAGUCUACGUUUCAAGCUGCCAAGGUGGAGAAUGUGAUUCCAGAAGGGGAGUACUCCUCAUUUCAGGUAUCUUACCCUCUAGCUAUUAAUAGGAAAACCAUUUGAUUCAGGAUCCCAGGAUCUAACGUGAGAAUACAAAGGUUACUCUGUAGCCAAGUCAAAGUGUAAAUCAAAAGUAGCUGUAUUUGGAUUGACACUAAAUUCUUCUAUCUUAUUAAGCUAGUAGUAUUCUUUAGAGGUUGUAAAAUUUGUGUUACCCUUGCUUUUAAUUAUGCUUUAAAAUAUAUAUAAGGAAUAAACCUAUUAAAAUUACAGUUUAUGUUUUUAGGUCUUGGUUAAGUUUUCAUCUAUAGUAUAACAAGAUGCAGAGUAAUCAGUAAAUAAUACAUUAUUUUGAAUGAAUCAGUUUGGAUAAUAUAAAUACUUAUGUAAUUUUCAGUUCAGAGAAAUAGUAGCUAACUUUUGGUCUACAGUUUAUUUUUCAAUUUCAACACACAGUAUUUAGGAUAUAGCAGAAUUCCAUGUCUUGCAAAACUUGAACUGUUUGUGUGUUUUUAAUACAGCUUAAUAGUUAUUAGCCCUGAAAGGAGCCUUCAGAUAUAUAAUAGUAUCAACAAUGAAUGUAUCUAAUGGCAACAGGCAUCAGAAAGCUAAAAGAGAUUCCAAGAUACCAUGAAAAGGGGUUGGUAAAUUAUGCCUUAUGCUGUUUUUGUAAGUAGAGAUUUAUUGAAAUACAACUGUGCCCAUUUUUUACAUAUUGUGUAUAGCUGCUGCCAUGCUACAACUACAGAAUUGAGGGGUUGCAACAGAGUUCAUAUGGCUCAUAAGUAAAAAAUAUUGAUUAUAUUGCCCUUUACAGAAAAAGUUUGCCAACCCUUGCCAUGGGACGUAUUCUUCAAGUUCCUUUAAAAACAUGCUUAUCAAUUCUAUUAUUUCUUAACCCAGUAGUUCCCAAAUUGUGUUUUAUAGAAUAUUCUCUUAAGUUAAUAAGUGUUCUGAGAAAAAAGGUCAAUGCUAACAAUAGGUUUUUUUAAUAGUUUAUCUUAAGGUAUAAGUUUAAGACUACUAAACUCAUUUCUAUAGCUUUUAUUUUUAUGUGAUAAUCUACCUUUAAGAAAAGGUGUGCCAUACCUGAGAGCACCAGGAAAUCGCAUGAGAGAUCACCUGAUAGACGAACGUGUGAUGCUCCAUCUGCGCAUUGAUGCAUAGGCAGCAUUUACAAAUUAACUGAUGUGUUGCUAUAUAUCAUCUCUUUGAUGAUUGCUCAUCUUCUAUGUAUCCUGUCUUAUAAUUUCAACAAAUUUGUGAUACUCAAUGUUUAUUCUAAACUAACCAUGUUUUGUACCACAAAUACAUUGCCUAUGGAUCUAUUGCCGAAACAAGGAAGUCUUAAACAAGAAGUAGAAUCAUUUUAUCAAAUUGUGUCUGAAUCAAAUGAUCAAAAAGUUGGAAUAUUACAAAGUGAAGAUGAACAAUUGCAGCCAUCAGUUUCUAAAAAAUCAGAAGAUGAGCUUUCCAGGGUUCAAUUUAUGUCCAAUUCCAACAAAAUAACAUUUAGUAAGAAACCAAAAAGAAGAAAAUAUGAUGAAAGUUAUUUGUCUUUUGGAUUUACUUACUUUGGAAAUAGAGAUGCACCUCAUGCUCAGUGUGUGUUAUGUAAGAAAAUUUUAUCAAAUAGCUCUUUGGCCCCUAGUAAGCUUCGAAGACAUUUGGAAACAAAACAUGCUGCAUUUAAAGACAAAGACAUAAGCUUUUUCAAGCAACAUCUUGAUUCACCUGAAAAUAACAAACCCCCACCACCUAAAAUUGUCAAUACAGAUAAUGAAAGUGCUACAGAGGCAUCGUACAAUGUAAGUUACCAUAUAGCCCUGAGUGGAGAGGCUCAUACUGUUGGAGAAUUGCUUAUCAAACCUUGUGCAAAAGAUGUCGUGAUGCGGAUGUUUGAUGAACAAUACAGUAAAAAAAUAGAUGCAGUGCAACUAUCAAACAGUACCAUUGCACGCCGAAUUAAGGAUCUAGCUGCUGACAUUGAAGAAGAGCUUGUUUGUAGACUGAAAAUUUGUGAUGGGUUUUCGCUGCAGCUAGAUGAAUCAGCUGAUGUUUCAGGACUUGCUGUGCUACUUGUGUUUGUUCGUUACCGGUUUAAUAAGUCUAUUGAGGAAGACCUACUGUUAUGUGAAUCUCUGCAAAGUAAUGCUACUGGUAAAGAAAUUUUCAACUGCAUCAACAGUUUCAUGCAGAAACAUGAAAUUGAAUGGGGAAAAUGUGUUGAUAUUUGUAGUGAUGCUUCUAGAGCAAUGGACGGGAAAAUUGCUGAGGCUGUCGCCUUGAUAAAAUAUGUGGCUCCAGAAAGUACCAGUAGUCACUGCCUAUUAUAUAGACAUGCACUAGCAGUUAAAAUAAUGCCUACAUCUCUAAAAAAUGUGCUAGAUCAGGCAGUACAAAUCAUCAAUUAUAUUAAAGCUCGACCACAUCAAUCCAGACUACUAAAAAUUUUAUGUGAAGAAAUGGGUGCCCAGCACACAGCACUUCUUCUAAAUACAGAGGUGAGGUGGCUUUCCCGAGGUAAAGUUCUUGUAAGACUUUUUGAGCUUCGUCGUGAACUAUUGGUUUUCAUGGAUUCUGCUUUUCAACUGUCUGAUUGUUUAACAAAUUUAUCUUGGCUCCUAAGACUUGCAUAUCUUGCAGAUAUUUUUACUAAAUUAAAUGAGGUUAAUCUGUCAAUGCAAGGAAAAAAUGUGACAGUGUUUACAGUAUUUGAUAAAAUGUCAUCAUUGUUAAGAAAAUUGGCAUUUUGGGCCUCAUCUGUAGAAGAAGAAAACUUUGAUUGUUUUCCUACACUAAGUGACUUUUUGACUGAAAUUAAUUCUACAGUUGAUAAAGAUAUUUGCAGUGCCAUUGUGCAGCACCUACGGGGUUUGCGCUCUACUCUGUUGAAAUAUUUUCCUGUAACAAAUGACAAUAAUGCUUGGGUUAGAAAUCCAUUUACAGUAUCUGUGAAACCAGCCUCAUUAGUAGCACGGGACUAUGAGAGCCUGAUUGAUUUAACAUCUGAUUCUCAAGUGAAACAAAAUUUCAGUGAACUUUCCCUAAAUGAUUUUUGGAGUAGCCUAAUUCAAGAGUACCCAAGUAUUGCAACGCGUGCAGUUCGUGUACUUCUUCCUUUUGCUACAAUGCACCUGUGUGAAACAGGGUUUUCAUAUUAUGCUGCAACAAAAACGAAAUACCGGAAAAGGCUUGAUGCUGCACCUCACAUGCGGAUCCGACUUAGCAACAUUACACCUAAUAUUAAACGGAUAUGUGAUAAAAAGACACAAAAACACUGUUCUCAUUAAAAUCGAAGGGUUUUGCAUGUCUCAUGAUAACCAAAUAUAAGAUGAAAAUAAAAGAUGAUUUACUUUA